CGAUUAUAAAGGACGACCCGUCACUAUGAAAGCCUCGUCAGCUGAGGACCCGUAACCAGGAAGUGACGUAACGGCCCGGAAGAGGGCGGAGACUGAGGUGGGUGGAUGAGCUGUUAUCACUGCAGUUUAUAGGCAGGAUGGUUGUGGAGGUGGAAGGAUUUUUCGGGGUUUAUCUUCUCUUCUGCACUAAUCCCAAGUACAAGGGCCGGAUCUACAUCGGCUUCACUGUGAACCCAGAGCGGCGGAUCCAGCAGCACAACGGAGGCAAACAGAAGGGAGGAGCCUGGAAGACCAGUGGGAGGGGCCCAUGGGACAUGGUGCUGAUCGUCCAUGGAUUCCCCAAUGAUAUCGCAGCUUUACGGUUUGAGUGGGCCUGGCAGCACCCGCACGUCUCCCGCCGUCUCACCCACGUGCCACGGAAGACAAAGAAACAAUCCAGCUUUGACUUCCACCUCAUGGUCCUCUACCACAUGCUGCGGGUGGCGCCCUGGAACCGCUUACCCCUCACCCUGCGCUGGCUCAGACAGGAGUACCACCGGGAGCUGCCGCCCCUCCUCCAGCCUCCGCUGCACAUGCCGCUGGCAUUCGGACAAGUGAGGGCCAAGCCGAUCGGUAAGACCCAGGGGGAGAAGGGCCACGAGGAGGAGAGCGCCAUCCAACUCCACAGCGUGGUACAGCGCUGCAGGGUCUGCUAUGACAAGCUGCAGAGUCAGGAUGACGCCCUGCGCUGCUUCCACCCCGGCUGCUCCCUGAACGCCCACAUCCUCUGCCUGGCCAAACUCUUCCUCCGAAAUGAUCCCGAUCACCUGAUCCCCGUGGAGGGUCUGUGCCCCAGCUGCGGAAACUCUGUGCUCUGGGGAGACCUGAUCCGAUAUAAGAAAGGCUGCUACGGGGACCUGGAGGAGAUCUCACAGACGCAGGCUCACUGGGUGGACGAGCUGCACUGAUGGAGGACCCCGCCUGGUGGGAGAUGCCGCACUGAUGGAGGACCCUGCCUGGUGGGAGGUGCCGCACUGAUGGAGGACCCCGCCUGGUGGGAGGUGCCGCCCUGAUGGAGGACCCCGCCUUGUGGGAGGUGCCGCACUGAUGGAGGACCCUGCCUGGUGGGAGGUGCCGCACUGAUGGAGGACCCCGCCUUGUGGGAGAUGCCGCACUGAUGGAGGACCCUGCCUGGUGGGAGGUGCCGCCCUGAUGGAGGACCCCGCCUGGUGGGAGGUGCCGCCCUGAUGGAGGACCCCGCCUUGUGGGAGAUGCCGCCCUGAUGGAGGACCCUGCCUGGUGGGAGAUGCCGCACUGAUGGAGGACCCUGCCUGGCGGGAGGUGCCGCACUGAUGGAGGACCCUGCCUGGCGGGAGGUGCCACACUGAUGGAGGAACUUGCCCUGAUGGAGGACCCCGCCUGGUGGGAGAUGGCUGCAAUGAUGGAGGACCCCGCCUGGUGGGAGAUGGCUGCAAUGAUGGAGGACCCCGCCUGGUGGGAGAUGGCUGCAAUGAUGGAGGACCCCGCCUAGUGGGAGAUGGCUGCAAUGAUGGAGGACCCUGCCUGGUGGGAGAUGCCGCACUGAUGGAGGACCCUGCCUGGUGGGAGAUGCCGCACUGAUGGAGGACCCCGCCUGGUGGGAGAUGCCGCACUGAUGGAGGACCCCGCCUGGUGGGCGAUGGCCGUCCUGAUGGAGGACCCCGCCUGGUGGGAGGUGCCUGCAAUGAUGGAGGACCCCGCCUGGUGGGAGAUGCCGCACUGAUGGAGGACCCCGCCUGGUGGGAGAUGGCCGCCCUGAUGGAGGAUCCCGCCUCCAUCAGUGUGGAUUUAUUUAUUAUGGAAAGAAUAUAAAAUUUUUGAACAAGCACAGAACGUGCCCCUGGACACAUGGCCCCUUGGGCGUUACGUGACUGUGUAUAUAAGAGGCUUCUACAGGAACCUGGAGGAGAUCUGGAGCCCACACUAGUCUGAUACCUCAGCUAUUUAUUUCUUUUUAAUCUUGAUUAAUGAUUUUUAAGCUCCAAUCAUUGUAUGUACAGAAUAAAUCACAUGGAAUGGAGUCUGGACACCGCUACAUAUCGCCCCAAAAUAUAGAGGGAGCAGCACAGCCGGCAAAUGUCCGCUCCUGCAAUGGGAAUGUAAUAAACCUUUGGGCAGGAAGCACCCGCUGCUGCUGACAAUAAGAUUUUUUUUUUUAAAGGGGUUAGCCGGAGGGAGGGGGGUCCUGACAAUGCCCAUUAUGUAGGAUAUAAAUCAGUCCUACAUGGGAAGCACCAGGGCCCAAUGUGU